UGCAGCGACUGAGGUCUUUGGGCUUGGUUUCUCUCUUGCCUGACUUACAGCCGUCUGUUUCCAGCUGCGCUGCCUGCUCUUUAGCUUUACGGCUGCGCUUCCACUUCAUCCGUCGGUUCUGGAACCAAAUCUUCACCUGGACCAUCCUAGUCAGCUCACAGAUUCAUCCAGGGCUGUAUGUGUGUGUGGCUGUCAGAGACUGACAUACCAAUAACAGAGGCUUCCAGAUCAACAAAUGUGGCUCACUGGAUGCGUUUGCCAGCACACUUCUCACUGAAGAAGGUGGUAAAGGGGUCAUCAUGUUCAUCAGCAGCUGGAAAUCUGGCCAGAAAGAAAGAAUAAACAAAGCUUUGCCUAAGCAGAAGAUACUCAGGCUAAGGUUACAAGAAAAAGGACGUGAUGCAAUUUUCAGGAAGCCACAUAAAAGAAAAAUUUAAGAUAGUAUCUACAUCAGCAGCUUCUCUGAUUACAAAGAACACUGUUACCGCACGAUGCUCCAGGUAUAAAUAUGCUCUGUGUCAGACUGUGACACAUUUAGAGCUUCAUUCCGAACCCUGAGCAUCGGCUGGAAGACAAAAUACAACAUGCGUGAGUGCAUUUCCGUCCAUGUUGGCCAAGCUGGAGCACAGAUUGGAAAUGCAUGCUGGGAGCUUUACUGUCUGGAGCACGGUAUCCAGCCGGAUGGACAGAUGCCCAGUGAUAAGACAAUAGGAGGAGGAGACGAUUCCUUCAACACCUUCUUCAGUGAGACGGCUUCAGGAAAACAUGUUCCACGUGCCAUCUUUGUUGAUCUGGAACCCACUGUGAUUGAUGAAGUACGGACAGGCACCUACCGCCAGCUCUUUCACCCAGAACAGCUCAUCACGGGAAAAGAGGACGCUGCCAAUAACUAUGCCAGGGGACACUACACCAUUGGCAAGGAGAUCAUUGAUUCAGUCCUAGAUCGUAUCCGCAAACUGUCUGAUCAGUGCACUGGCCUCCAAGGUUUCCUGGUGUUCCACAGCUUUGGUGGAGGUACUGGCUCUGGCUUCACCUCCCUGCUGAUGGAGCGUCUCUCUGUCGAUUACGGCAAGAAGUCCAAGCUGGAGUUUGCCAUCUAUCCUGCUCCUCAAGUGUCCACAGCAGUGGUGGAGCCCUACAACUCCAUCCUGACCACCCACACCACCCUGGAGCACACUGACUGUGCCUUCAUGGUGGACAAUGAAGCCAUCUAUGACAUCUGCCGUAAAAACCUGGACAUCGAGCGUCCGACUUACACUAACCUCAACAGGCUUAUCGGGCAGAUCGUGUCCUCCAUCACGGCCUCGCUGAGAUUUGACGGAGCUCUGAAUGUGGAUCUCACCGAGUUCCAGACCAACUUGGUGCCCUACCCACGUAUUCAUUUCCCUCUGGCUACAUACGCUCCUGUGAUCUCUGCUGAAAAGGCGUAUCAUGAGCAGCUCUCUGUGGCUGACAUAACCAACGCCUGCUUUGAGCCGUCUAAUCAGAUGGUGAAGUGUGAUCCUCGUCAUGGUAAAUACAUGGCCUGCUGUCUUCUCUAUCGUGGAGAUGUGGUGCCCAAAGACGUCAACUCUGCCAUCGCUGCCAUUAAGACCAAACGCACCAUCCAGUUUGUUGACUGGUGUCCCACUGGAUUCAAAGUAGGUAUCAACUAUCAGCCUCCAACUGUGGUUCCUGGUGGAGAUCUGACCAAAGUUCAGAGAGCCGUUUGCAUGCUGAGCAACACUACAGCUAUUGCUGAGGCCUGGGCUCGUCUAGAUCACAAGUUUGACCUGAUGUAUGCCAAGAGAGCCUUUGUGCACUGGUAUGUGGGUGAAGGAAUGGAGGAAGGAGAGUUUUCAGAAGCCAGAGAAGAUUUGGCAGCUCUGGAGAAGGAUUAUGAAGAAGUCGGCACUGACAGCGUUGGAGAUGAUGAGGACGGAGUGGAAUUUUAAAUACAGUUUGUUUGUAAUCUCAGGGUAAUCUGAUUUUAUCUUCAUCUUCUAAAAUGCAGCAUUUUAGUGUUUUUGGGGGCUAUUUGGUAUCACUUCAUAAAGAGAUUAGAAGUUAACAUAACAUAAAAUAUUAAUGAAGAAUAUCUUUACAGCAUUUAUUAAUCUUUGGUCAUUUCUACAUAUAUUAAUACAUUUAAACAUUUUAAGUUGUUUAAAUUAACAUAUGUUAAUAAAUUGUUAACAUGCAUAUGAUCAAUAAUAGCAAUAUUUUAAUUCACCAAGAUUAAUAAAUGGUGUAAAAACUUGCAUUGUUAGUUCAUUAUACUUAAUGUUCAUGCAUUAACUAAAUGUUCCUAAUUCUUUUUCUGCUUUUUAUGUCUUAUGCAAAAAUUAGAUCUAUUAAAAAAGUACAAUUGAAAUUAAGCCAUUAAAAAGUCUGGUGACAAGCUCUUUCUACAAAUGUGUUGUUAUUUGCACUCCUUUCAUGAAAUACAGUUGGACAUGUUAUCUGUUUAAUAUCUGUAUAUAUUUGCACAUGCAAAAGUGAUAAAGGCCUACAUGCAAAACAGAAUGUUUCCCAUCACGACACCCUUCCCCCCACCGGUGUCUAUGCAGCACAAAAAUGA